UACCAGUCAACACAAGCCCUCUGACAAAAGCAGAAGUGAAGUUUUUAACGCCAUAAGCUUUUGAAGUCUGGGAAAACAAAAGGACUAAAUGGAAUUCCUCCAGAACCACUGAAAACAGACGCAGAGACAUCAGCAGAGGACAUGCUGACACCACUAUUGUGGAAGGUUUGCAAGGAAGGAAGGGAGAAAAGGUACCUGCCCAUUGAUUGGAAGACGGGCUACCUUGUCAAACUCCCAGAGAAAAGUCGGCGACCUAAGUCAUUGCAGCAACUGGCGCGGAAUUCUGGUCCAUUCCUGUCCACACCAAGCAAAAUAUCAAGCCGUAUCAUCCUGGAGAGGCUAAACAGAAAGUGCUUUCCAUUCAAAAUUACCACCGAAACAGAUUGGCUGGCUGGCUGGCUUCAGGAAGAACAAAUCAUGUGCAGAUCAAAUUGCAACGCAGCGCUACGCUAUGCAUCAUAGAAUAAAGCAUAGAAUGACAGCCAACUCUCUACCUCAACUUCGUCGGUUUCGAAAAUUCCUUCGACAACAUCGACCGACAAGUAAUUUGGCAGUUGCUUCAACACUACGGACUACCACUAAACUUUGUCAAUCUUAUUCAACAGCAAUAUGGCGACGCCACAUGCCAAGUGAUUCACAAUGGAAAGCUCAGCGAUGGCUUUGAAGUGAAGACAGGAGUAAGACAAGACUGCCGCCUACUAUCAC